AUGAUAUCCCUCGCAGGGAAAGCCGCCCUCAUCACCGGUGGGAGCCGCGGCAUCGGCCUGGCAAUAGCCACCCGCCUGGCCAACGAGGGCGUCUCAUGCCUCCUGGUCGCCCGCAACGCCGACACCCUCAAGGCAGCAUGCUCUCAGCUGCCCCAGAAGACAACAGGAACACGGCCACACGGCUUUUUUGCGGGCGAGGCUGGCGACACGGCCAUUUGGGACUCCAUCGGGCGACAGCUGGCAGCCGACAAGAACGAGGUCGACAUCCUCGUCAACGCAGCCGGCGUCUCGCAGAACUCGCUGCUCGCGCGCACCACCGCGUCUGACAUCUCCACCAUCCUGGAUACCAACCUGCGCGCCGCCGUGCUGGCGUCCAAGGUCGUCGGCAAGCAGAUGAUGCGCAGGGACGCCGCCGCCCGCCGGGGCUGCAGCAUCAUCAACGUCUCAAGUGUCAUGGCUUCCAGGGGCGGCACAGGCGCGUCUGUCUACGCGGCGAGCAAGGCGGGCCUUCUCGGCCUCACGUCUGCCCUCUCUCAAGAGCUAGGCCAGUUCCAAAUCCGGGUCAAUGCCCUAGUCCCAGGCUACAUCCAGACCCAGAUGAUCGAGAACCUCAAUGAAGAGAAGCUCAGCAGCCAGAUUCCACUCGGAAGGGUAGGCAGAGCCGAAGAGGUCGCAGACGCCGCCUUUUUCUUGGCCACAAACUCGUAUGCCAACAAUUGCAUCCUCAACAUUGACGGUGGGUUGAGCGCGGCCAAUCAAGGUUUCGUAAGCCGUGGGAGUUCGUGA